AUGAUUCUGACCGACACCUACACUCCGACAGGGCAGCAAUUCCAGCAAUACUGGUUCUUGCGUGAUGGUGAGACCGGCCUUCACAUGUUUAGCCGGCUGUCCUAUUACGAGACUACACCGUUCCUUCGUAACCUACAGGAGCUUCCGGACCCUGUUCCAGCGCCCCCUCUGCCAAGCAAGGAUGCCGUCAGCCACGAAGUUGUCGUCCAGGAUGCUACCUGGACCUUCAACAACACCACAACCGACGCCUACUACGCGGUUCUCCGACUAUUUCACAAAUACACCUUUUCAAAUCGUAAGCACGCUCAUCGCCAUCUUGUGCGCGUCGAAAUCGGACCGUUCAUUGACAUCCUGCUGACUUGGAGGAAUAGCAGCGUCCACGGUCUGUACGCCGAUGGCACCAAUUCUUCUGGAACACAUACCAGGCAUGAAGCAUCACCAGACACCAAGCGCCGUUGCGGACGCUUACCAAAGUACUGGGUUGACAUCGGAUCAGAUGGGAGCUUCGCCCUGGACCGCGUAAAGGAGGGAAAGUAUCGUGUUACCAUUUACGCGGAAGGGAUUUCCGGCGAUUUUAUCCGCGACGGCAUCGUUACAGAUCUUCAGGCGAAUUUCGCCACGGACGUGCCAAGGACACCACACAUCCCCCAGCUCCCCGAGUAUAUGAUCUAUUGGGGUGCCCAUGACUGGACCCAUGACUUCCCUGACGGCAUUAACUACACCAUCGGCAAGAGUGAUCCGGCUAUAGACCUGAAUACAGUCCACUGGUCAGUAUUCGGUCCAACUUCAUCGAACCACCAUGUCGAGUACGAUACCACCUAUGACUGGAAUAUCCACUUCAAACUGGACGCAAAGCAACUACGCCAGCGGAAAACGGCAACUCUUACUGUGCAGUUAGCCGGUGCAAAGAUAGCAGCUGGCAACACAGAUGUCUGGAAUCCUGCGGUAAGAGUCUGGAUCAGCUAUCGGUGGUUUCUCGAUGUGUCCUUUUCAUCGCCCAUGCUAAUGGAACGCGUCCUAGAAACCUACAAUAAUCUAUCUCUUGAGAGUUAUAUCAACGACCACCUGGAUCCUCUGACCCUGAUGAUUGGAUUCAAUCAAUCCAGCAGCUGCAUUGUCCGGUCUGCCGUUAGUUGCUAUCAGGUUAGCUCCCGUAUGUCGUUCCCCGCAAAUUGGCUCCCACGAGGGAGACAACCUGCUGCGACUCUAUCUCCCUUUCAACGCAACCGGGACACGGAAACGGCUAUCGCUUGCCUGGAAACUGUAUACGUGCAAUAUGAUGCGCUGCGGCUGGAAGUCAAAUGA